AUGUUUGAUACUGCCGUACCAAAGAAGUCGGACUGUCCUCCGCUGCCGGAUGAAUUGGCACGUAACACGAAGAAGACAGAUUUGUCUGAGGGGAAGCUUCCACGACCAAAAGUUGGCACAGCCACAUUCGAUGACCCCUCAUAUCCAAGUUCCACCCUAAAUCAUAGGUACAUGACGAUCUUCGUAGCAUCUCGAUUCAGCCACAUACCACAUUGCAUGUUCUUUGUUUGUUUCGAUGACGUUUGUUGA